CAUCCACAGGUUCAGUCAGCUGCCAGACUUCUCAGUGCAAACCUGAAGAAGAGUGUAAAGUUGUAGAGGGUGUGAGUCAGUGUCUGGAUAAAACCGUUCCGCAACCAGUGAUUCCACCAAAAGAACUGACAUGCAUCUAUAAGGGCCAGUCCCAUCCUCCAGGGAAACCCUUCUGGGAUGAUUCUGACUGCACACAGUUCUGCGAGUGCAACCCUUCCACAGGUUUAGUCAGCUGUCAGACAUCUCAGUGCAAACCUGGAGAAGAGUGCACACAAAUCAACGAUGUGAGAACAUGCAUUGCAAAAGCUGCACUGCCAAAAACAAAUUAUCAAUACACAUACAUUACAGUCUUCAUGCUCAACACAAAUGCAGAAGAGAAAGGGAAAAACCAGCUCUACAUUACCUCUUAUCUAUCAGAUACAAAUGUACUUGUCACUGUCAACAACUCUUCAUUCAAGAAAGAGCUGACUAUGCAGGGUGGAAAGUCUGAAACAGUGGAAGUACCUUCUGACACGGAAUUGAGAGGCACAGGCAAAUAUUCCAAAACGGUCAUGAUACAAUCCAACAAGUUCAUCACAAUUGUGUCCUCCAAUCAGAAGAAGAAUUCAGUGGACACCUCACUGGUGUACCCAGUCACUGAACUGGGCCAAGAGUAUUAUAUCUUCACGCCAUCAGCUACAGGUUACCCAAAGGAGUUGGCUGUUUUUGCCUUACAAGGCUCUACUUCAGUGACAGUAGAGUUGAAGUGUGCUGUCACCUUUGAAGAUAUAACUUAUAAGCCAAAUGAAAAGCUUACCACUCAAAUUUCUGCAUCUGAGGUCCUCUACCUGGAAUCCAAUGAAGACUGCACUGGAUCAAGAGUGGUGUCACGCAAGCCUGUAGGCGUUCUCUCUGGACAUGCUUGUGCCGGGAAGGAAUCCCGAUGCCAGCACACCUUUGAACAGCUGUUACCUGUAGAGAAUUGGGGCACAUCCUUCAUUGUUUCACCUCUAGAAUUUCAGAGCUUGCAGGACUCUGUCUUUGUGUUUGCCUCUCAGUCCACCCGGUUCACAUACCAGUUUGGUCCUAAAUCUCAGAUUUCUGUCCUCAAGGCUGGUCAGUGGAAAGAGAUUCCAAUAGGUAGGAAUCCACCAUUAGUCAUCUCUUCAGACCAACCCAUUCAAGUCCUCUUCUACUGCAAUGGUGGAGACCUUAGUGAUGGCUCUGAAUUUGACCCAUUUAUCAUGAAUAUUGUACCCACUGAGAAGUUCUGUGAAUCCUAUACCUUAGAGGGCUUCACUAACUAUGCCCUUAUCAUUGCCAAGACAAAGGACAUUAAAGAAGUGCAAUUUGAUGACAAGCAUCCAUCCUUCAAUUGGCAGCAGGUUCAUCAGACAGAAUACUCCUGGGCUCAUUACACCUACGAGAACGGUCACCACACAUUGAAGAGUCCUUCUGCCCCCAUUGGAGUUUAUAGUGUUGGCACAGUGGACCAGAACAGCUACGGAACUCCGGCAGCUUGUGGUUCCCUGAUCUGUACCCAGAAUGGUCAGUAUUAUCCUCCCGGAAAGCCAUUCUGGGAUGAUUCUGCCUGCACACAGCUCUGCGACUGCAACCCUUCCACAGGUUUUGUCAUCUGCCAGACAUCUCAGUGCAAUGCUGAAGAAGAGUGUAAAGUCAUAGACGGCAUGAGCAAAUGUGUGGCAAACACCAUCCUUGUACCUAUGAAUCCACCAAAAGAUUAUAUACCCAAAGCCAAUGGAAAAGGGGAGAGCGAAAAUGAACUCUACAUAGUCUCCGAUCAACCAAAUACAAAUGUGAUUGUCACUAUCAACAAUUCUCCAUUUAAGGAAGAGAUGGAUUUGGAAGGCCCAAAAUCUGUGAAAGUGCAAGUGCCCCCUGAGACGGAAAUGGAAGGUACUGGUAAAUAUUCAGAAAUAACAGUUGUUCCUUCCAGCAAGGUCAUCACCAUUGUGUCCUCCAAUCAGAAUGAUAAUUCAAUUGACACCUCACUGGUGUACCCAGUGAAUAAAUGGGGCCAAGAGUACUAUGUCACUCCAUCAGCAAAAGGAUACCCAAAAGAGCUAGCCUUAUUCAGUGGCCCAGAUGCCACUUCAGUGACAGUAGAAUUGAAGUGUGGUGUUACCUUACAAGGUAAAACGUAUCAACCAGGUGACAAACUAACUGUAAGUCUUGGUGCAUCUGAAAUUGAAUACCUGGAGUCCAAUGAAGACUGCACUGGGUCAAGAGUGGUGUCAGACAAGCCUGUAGGUGUCAUCUCAGGACAUGCUUGUUCUUGGGAGAACUCCCAAUGUCAGCCCGCCUUUGAACAGCUGUUACCUGUUGAGCAAUGGGGUACAUCCUACAUUGUCACACCUCUAGAGUAUCAGGUCCUGACAGACUCCGUGUAUAUCUUUGCUUCUAAGCCCACUCGUGUCACUUACCAAUUUGGUGAGAAGUCUCAGGACAUUGAUCUCAGUGCUGGUCAGUGGAAAGAGAUUCCAAUGGGUAAGAGUCCACCAUUAGUCAUCUCUUCCACCCAGCCCAUUCAAGUCCUGUAUUACUGCAAUGGUGGCAAAUUUAGCGAUAGCUCAGCAUUUGACCCCUUUAUCAUGAAUAUUGUGCCCACUGACAAAUUCUGCCAGGCCCACACUCUAGAAGGUAUGGAGGGCUUCAACUACGCCCUUAUCGUUGCCAAGACCAAGGACAUGAAAGAAGUGCAAUUUGAUGACAAGCGUCCAUCCUUCAAGUGGGAAGAAGUUCAUGGGACAGAAUACUCUUGGACUCAUUACGCCUACAAGAAAGGAAGAGGUCACCAUGUAUUGAUGCAUCCCACUGCUCCCAUCGGAGUUUACAGUGUGGGCACAGCAAAUAAAAAUGGUUAUGGAGCUCCUGCUGCUUGUGCUCUUCUGACCUGCUCCCACAAUGGUCAGUAUCAUCCUGCUGAAAAGCCAUUCUGGGAGGACUCUGCCUGUACAAAGCAAUGCAAGUGCAACCCUUCCACAGGUUUGGUCAACUGUAAGGAGUCCAGUUGUAAAGCAGGAGAGGAGUGUAAAGUCAUAGAGGGCAUGAGCGAAUGUGUGGCAAGCACCAGUCCUGCACCCGUGAAUCCACCAAAAGGGUUUUAAUCACGCAACAGAUCAAGGAGAUAAGCUGUUGAAAGAGCUUGCUCAUCUUCAUUUGAGAUGGAGGUCUGGCGGAUUCUGGAUUCUGGGGUGAAAAUCAUAUCUCUGCUUUAUCCUUAGUGGCUGGGGAAGCAAAGCAAAAUGCAAAUAGUGCCUUUUGUUUCUUUUGUUUUCUGUUGUGUACUGCUGUUAUUUUCACAUUUAAAGAGAAGUCAGCAUUCAGAGCAUGCAAAUGUUGAAUCUUAAUAUCUUAAUCUUCUUCAAUAAUAAGAAAUGCUUCAAAGUUUUACACAUUCAGCAACAUUACUUUUUAUAUUGAUUUGUCUAAUCAAUAAUAUAAUAAUAUAUCUAUGCAUUUAAAAAAGUUUUAGCACAUCUUUUCCUGAGGCCUGAACAUUCUGAACGUUUUCAUGUACAAAAGGGACUUCCCAUCUAGCCCAUUACAAAUGUGACAAAAAGGGGGAAAUAUUUUUCUUGUGAAAUUUUAAUUAAACAAAAAAAAAGGUGCUGCUCUCUUCAUGUGCUUGGGUUUUAGAUUAUAUAGUUUCGGCUUUGGAUGUGAGAACUGAAAAAUGGCGGUGAAAAAGUCCAGGUACUGUAACAGAAGUCACCAUUUCUUUACCCACAUGAAAUAUUCACAUAUUGUACACAUUUUCUAAUGCGUGACACCCCUGACAUGUAACAGUCUUCAUUUAAAGCCUUCAUUUAAAACCUUUUUUUACAUUUUAUGGAAAUGUUUCUACAGUACAAUCUUUACACUUUCAGCUAUGUUAGAAAGAAUAAAAGUGGAUGUAAUGAAUGAAUUACAUGGCGUAAAUAUUCAUUGCUGCACUGUUUUUUCAGGACCUUAUCACGAUUUCAGUUCUGAGGAAGGGUGCUCAAUCAGCUCAAAGUAAUCCCAGGACAUCCCAGGGAUAAUUUAUAUUCGUCCCAGACAUACAGUACUGUGCAAAAGUCGUAGGCACCUGUAUAACAUUCUGUACAGAUAAGAUAUAAAAAUAAUCCUAAAUAAAUGUACUAUACAUUUUACAUUACAUUUAAAAACUGAAUCAAAUGAAUAUUUUUUGUGACCACCCUUCGGCGUUAAAACUGCAUCACUUCUCUGAGAUACAGAACUGCAGGACAGCGUUGGCUAAGGCAAGCAAGCUUGUUGGAUAACUUGCCAGUUCUUCUGCAGGCUUUGGUUGGCUCCUUGCUUCUUGCUUGCUCUGUAAAAUUAAAUCUAUUGAAAAAUGAAUAUUUGGAAAUCUCAAAUGUGUUCUUUUAUACUAACACACACACACACACACAAAAUUAUAUACAUACAUAUAUAUAUAUAUAUAUAUAUAUAUAUAUAUAUAUAUACUGUGCCUAAGACUUCUGCACAGUACUGUACUUUUUAUCAAAAAUUUGAUAAAUAAAAUUAGAUAAGCAGCAAAGCCUGCACCCCACCCCUGCUACCACUCAUGACAGAGGCACAGUAAUAACAUUGGCUGAUUAUGUGCUCAGUGCUGUAGCCCCCUGCAGCUAUUUCUAUUAGGUAGUUGGGGUGCACCAAAUCAAGACUUUUUGUGGCCAAUUCCAUUUGCAGAUUUUUACAGGAAAAAUUUGCUGAAUCCAAUAGCCAAUUAUGAAUGUUUUUUUUUUUUUAAAGCAACUGUUACAGCCCUGGGCAGGACUUUGUACCUUCUGCUCACUGUUACCUCUUUCCUCUCUUCUGCAGGGUUAAUUUUUUUAAAGUUCUUUUUCAAAUUACCUUUGUUUAAUAAAAUAACUCUAUUUCAAAUGUUA